AUGGAUCAUGCCUGCAGAGCUUCUCUCCUGAGCGUUGUCCCAGGCGGCCUGAUCAUCGCCCGCAUGGGGCCUGAAUUCGUACUGCUACAUGAGACCCGCAUACGCCAGCGGCCUAUGCUACGCGCGAAUGAGCUUUUCCACGGGAAGAUGGCCAUGCCAUGUUCGCUGGAAUACAAUACGAAUAUCUCAUACCUCCAUGGCUUUACACGCUUCGGGAUCAAGAAAGACCAACACAGCCACGAAAACCAAGUAAAAUACAAGGAAUACAACAACUGGGAUGAUGUCCGCCAAUGA